AUGAACUGCUUCUACACAUACCCAAAGGGGACAGUUGAGAAAACAUUCUGGUUUAUUAAUAGCGACAUUAACCCUGUAGAUCUGACAACAGAGUCUGAGUACAAAGGUCGUGUCCAUUAUCCUGACAAUGUGAAGGAUUGUGGGGUGAGAAUCUCAGACCUGAGACAGAGCGACUCAGCUCAGUACCAGUUCAGGUUUAUAACAAACCAACCUGGUGGACAUUAUACUGGUUCACCUGGAGUCACUCUGACUGUCACAGAUCUCCAGGUCCAUGUGAACAGUUCAUCAUCCUGCAGGAAUUCUAGUUGUGUCCAAGUAGAGCUGAGGUGUCACAGCAGCUGUCGUCUACCUGACUAUUACAAAUACACCUGGUUCAAGAACAGACAGGAGAUUCAGAGUGAAACAUCAUCUUCCUAUUCCACCUCUUUUUCCUCUGAAGAUACCGUUUCCUGUGCUCUUAAAGGUUAUGAGAUGUUCUCCUCUCCUCCAGUGUUUGCUCCAACGGUUCCUUCAGUGUCUUUCAGUCCCUCUGGUGAAAUCAUUGAGGGCAGUUCAGUGACUCUGACCUGUACCAGUGAUGCAAACCCACCUGUUACUAAAUACACCUGGUACAAGAGAGGAAAGAAUCAACUUCAGUCAAGAGGUGAAGGACAGCAGUUUGUCCUCAGCUUCAUCACCUCCUCUGACUAUGGAUCAUAUUCAUGUGUAGCUGAGAACAGUCUGGGGUUGAAGAUGUCAGAAUACGUCUAUAUUGAUGUGAAAUACAAAUGGAAAUCAGUAGCAGCUGGAGUGACUGUUGCCAUUCUCCUUCUCAUAAUCCUCAUCUCUGUCUUCAUAUUCGUCAGAAGAUGGAGGGCUUUGAAAACAUCAUCUGAACCUGAAGACAGAGCGGACAACAGCCAACAGUGUCCACCUAAUCACAGACACCCAGAGGAGCAGGACAACCUUCAUUACGCCUCCGUCAACUUCUCUCAGAACAAGGAGGAUCCAGUUUACUCCAACACUGGACCAGCUCGGUGCCCAAGACACAAGAAGGAACCAACAUUUACUGAGUACUCUGCUCUCCCAUUUCAUAACAACAGCAAAAAGCGGAGAGACAGAGUUAAGGAAACUGCAGAGGAUUCAGCUGUAUUGUACAGCACAGUCAAGAAACCCAAAGGACCAAGGACCUCGGCUCCAAAGUGAAAUGUGUAAUACCACUCAUGGCCACUAGAGGCUGCUCCUAAGAGCCUUGUCUCCCAUGGACUCACACUGAACUUCUCUCUAAACUUUUUCAGUCAUUUUUUUCUAGGAGUGGUUUUUUCUCAGUUAUUGUUUUUGGAAUUUCUAAUAAGUAAUGUGUUCCAUCUUUAA